AUGACACAAACUUCUAAAACAAAAUUUUCAAAUAAACAGCACGUUGCUGCAAUCACUAAACCCAAAGAUAAACCUGCAUACAAACUUAUUGUAUUAGGUAGUGGUGGUGUUGGCAAAUCAGCUAUAACAAUUCAAUUCGUGAAAUCAUUUUUUUUCUCUGAUUAUGAUCCAACUAUUGAAGAUUCUUAUGUCAAACAAUGUUUAAUCGAUAAUCAAAUAGCACAAUUAGAAAUUCUUGAUUCAGCUGGCCAAGAAGAAUUUAAACCUAUGCGUGAACAAUAUAUACGUGUUGGCGAAGGUUUUCUACUUAUUUUUUCAUUGACCGAUCGUCACUCGCUUGAAGAAUGUUAUAAAUUGCAUCGUGAUAUAUUACGUAUUAAAGAUACAGAUAAUGUACCAAUGUUAUUGAUUGGUAAUAAAGUCGAUCUACGUCACAUUGGUAUCGAUGGUCAAGCACGUGCAGCAGCUGCCGCUUUGCGUAUACCUUAUUUUGAAACAUCGGCUCGAACACGUUUUAAUAUUGAUGAGAUCUUUUUUGAGCUUGUACGAAUUAUACGAAAACAUAAAUGUCAAUAUCAAACAAACAACGGUGCAUCAUUGACGAAACCGAAACGUACAUUUCCCUAUUGCGCUUGUACUAUUUUAUAG